UUAAACCCAGGAAAUCCCGGAGUAGUGAGGUCACCUGCUUCUUUGGGGUUUGGGGAAGGAGGCACAGGUGUGUCCUCACCUGAUUUAUUGGGAGGGUAUCUGAACUCUUGGGGAGCUCAAGUCACCAUGAGGGGCAAGGAUGAUGAAUAUGAUUACCUCUUCAAAAUUGUCCUCAUUGGGGACUCGGGAGUAGGAAAAAGCAACCUUCUGUCCCGGUUCACCCGGAAUGAGUUCAACCUGGAGAGCAAAAGUACCAUUGGGGUGGAGUUUGCCACACGGAGCAUCCAGGUAGAUAACAAGACGGUCAAGGCCCAGAUCUGGGAUACAGCUGGGCAGGAGCGCUACCGUGCCAUUACUUCUGCUUAUUACCGGGGGGCAGUCGGGGCACUUCUUGUUUAUGACAUCGCCAAGUACCUAACCUAUGAGAACGCGGAGCGCUGGCUCAAGGAACUGCUGGACCACGCCGACGCCAACAUCGUCAUCAUGCUUGUGGGCAACAAGAGCGACCUGCGGCAUCUGCGGACAGUCCCCACUGAUGAGGCCAAGAGCUUUGCGGAAAAGAAUGGCUUGUCAUUCAUAGAGACAUCGGCACUAGAUUCCACCAAUGUGGAGACUGCCUUUCACAACAUCCUAACAGAAAUUUACCGGAUUGUAUCCCAGAGGCAGAUUGCUAGUGGGCAGCCAGAGGCAGAGUUCAGCCCCAGCAGCACCAUUGAGCCUAUCAAGGUCCUGCCGACUCACCAAGAAGGCCGACAAGCUCCUUGCUGCCAGAACAUCUGACCUGCAGGGACUGCAAUGGGAAAUGCCGGUUGGGACAGUGCUAGUCGUCUCCAGAUGCAUUCCCAGUGCUUCCAAGGGGAAAGUGAUGCUCCGGACAAACCCAGGUUCCUUUUUCUCCUUCCAGUACCCAACAUCCAUAGAAUCAUAGAGUUGGAAGGGGCCUUGUAGGCCAUCGAGUCCAACCCCCUGCUCACAGCAGGAAAUCCACAGCUAGAGCAUCUCCCGCAGAUAGCUGUCCAGCCUCUGCUUGAAGACAUCCAGCGAAGGGGAUCCCACCACCUCCCUAGGCAGUCGGUUCCAUUGCCGAACUGCCCUUACUGUCAAGAAGUUCCUUCUAAUGUCCAAUCUGAAUCUACGCUCCUGCAACUUAAAACCAUUAGACCUAGUCCUACCCUCUGGGGCAGCAGAGAACAAAUCUGUACCCUCCUCUAUGUGACAGCCCUUCAGGUACUUAAAGAGUGCAAUCAUGUCGCCCCUCAGCCUUCUCUUCACCAGACUGAACAUGCCAAGUUCCUUCAACCUUUCCUCAUAAGACUUGUUCUCCAUAUCGGCUAUCAUCCUCGUCGCCCUCUUCUGAACCCGCUCUAACUUGUCUAUAUCUUUCUUAAAAUGAGGCGCCCAGAACUGAAUGCAGUAUUCCAGAUGAGGCCUGACCAAUGCAGAAUAUAGUGGGACUAUUACUUCCCUUGACCUGGAAACUAUAGCUCUGUUUAUGCAGCCCAAAACCGCAUUUGGCUUUUUUGCCGCAGCAUCACACUGCUGGGUCAUGUUCAACUUACAAUCCACUACAAUUCCAAGGUCCUUCUCACACGCACUACUGCUAAGCCGGGUAUUUCCCAUCCUGUACCCGUGCAUUUUGUUUUUGUGGCCUAAAUGCAGAAUCCUGCAUUUGUCCACCGUGCUUCAUGUAGGUCAGAAACGCAUAAUGGAUCGUGCUGUUCCUUAGAUGUGGGAAACAUUGGUUUGCCUCCCAAGGCAUGCUAAAAACCCCAUCACACCCACAUCACAACUCCACAGCCUUCUUCCCUCAAGAGGUGGCUGCUGUGACUUCAUGGCCAGCCCUACUGGCAUGAGGACCAGUUCAAGGAAGUUGGCGGGUUGUAGAGAUUGGUGUUCCCCUACUAAAUAGGCCCCUUGAAUUUCUUAUCGAAACCAUUUUUCUGACUCCUCUGCUAAUGUAGCCGGUCUUCAUAUGCACCCCUAUAUGUCUGAAAUAAAGAAUAGUCAAGGAGAUUGGGCAGCUGAAUUGCAAAGUAGCCAAGACUAGGGUAACCAGAUCUCCGGUUUUUGCCUGGAGACUCCAGAUUUUGGGGGUCCUGUCUGGGUGACUCAUCUUAAUCUCCAGACUCUCUGCUUUAAUUAAAAAAAAGUUUCUAGGUGGUCUGGUUCACAAGAUAUACACCAAAAUGUCAGCCCGUCCAACGUCUGUUAAAUCAGCUAGUAUCAGGCUGCUCUAUCCCUGCCCUUUCAAGUUUGUAGCCAAUAAGUAAAAUCAGGGUUGUGAUUUGUUGACUUCCAGGCAGUGCCUAGACCUCAUUGCAACACCAGAAAAUGGCUUUUUCCCUGUUUAUCUGAAAAUCUCAUAAAUUGACUAAAAACUAAGCUUUCAGUUUUUCUGUCUCUUGUGUAAAUUUUGCUGGGCUGUUAAAGAGGGCAGUGUUUUGAAAACCUUCCCAAUAUGAAGCUUUAAUCCAAUACUUGCUUUUCUGGGAGUAAAGCUGCAAUGCAAAUCCCACAUACUUGGGUUAAACCACAUUGCAUGCAAUAGUACUUAUUUUUGAGUAGACAUGGUUAGGAUUGUGAUGUAAAUUAAUAGGACUUUUGAGUGAACAUAGCAAAGAAUUGUGUUGUGUUGUAAAUCUUUCUCUUUCCCUCCAAUCCUACUUUUAAAGCAAUUAGUCAGGGCUUACUUAGGUAUCACAGUUUUUAUUAUCUAGGAAACUAAUACUGAUUUUUUAAAAAUGUUCUGCAAUGACCAACUGGCUUAACAAUAAACUAUUAUAUGGGGUGUAUGUAUUUUUACAUCUGCAGUGUGUGUGUGUGUAUAUAGAAAGAGGGGGAGGGGGAGAGAGAGAGAGAGAGAGUCUUUCCAACAACCCUGUGAGGUAGGGUUGGUAAUUGGAAACCAAGGCAGCUCACAAUAAGAAAUAAAUCCCUUUAAAAUCCAGUAACCAUAAAAACAAGUAUAAACAGUUGCAAAACAGCUUAAAGUGACAUGAUUCUGAAUUUUGGGUUGGGUGAGUGAAGUUCCUUAUCACUUGAGGUUGAAGUUCUCUGCACGCUUCCCUGUUUGAGUAAGCCCCAUUGGGACUUGCUUCUGAGUAAACAAACAUAGAAUUGCACUAUAAAUAUCUUUACAAGUUGUGUAAAUAAUAAAUAUCUUUGACAGUCAUGGUUAUAUAAAUAUUUCUUCAUACUGUGUCCCAAUAAGUAUUUGAUUUCGCACUAUGGUUGCAGAUUAUUUCCUCUUUCUUGGGGUAGUCAUGGUUCUUUUUUUUUCCCGCGCAGAUAGGCUGAGAGAUGGUGAGUAGCCCAUGGUCCUUCUGUACACUUUAUAGCUCAUUUCCAUUUUGAAAAAAAUAAAACAAUUUACAUGCAAAGUUUAUGAAGUAGAUCCACACAAUACAUUUAAAGCACAUCUAACUUGCAUUUAAAGCACAUGACUUCCCCUAAAGAAUCCUGAGAAGUGUAGUUUUCUCCUCAGUUAUAGUUCUCACCACCCUUAACAAACUACAGUUCCCAUUAUUCUGUGGUGGGAUUCAUGUUCUUCAAAUGUGUGUUGAAUGUGCUUUAAAUGAAUGGUGUGGAUGUGCCCUAGGCAUGAUGUGCAUUCAUUAGUGAAUUGAAAAUAACAAUUUUAAAAUAUACCUUUUUAAACUGGAGAAGGGUUGUAGCUCAGUGGUAGGGCAUAUGCUUUGCGUGCAAAGGUCCAAAAUUCAAUUUCUGGAAAAGACUAUUGCCUGGAAUCCUGGAGAGCCAAUGCUAGUCCUUGUCAUCAGUACUGCGCUAGAUGGUAGCAAAUGGCCUGAGUCAGUAUAAGGCAGAUUACUUUGUUCCUCUCCUUUGCAGAGGAUCCCUAGUCAAGCUUUAUCAACAGCACAAUCCAAACUAUAUCUACUCAGAAGUAACUCAUGUUGCGUUCUAUGGGACUUAGUCCCUUAGCAAGUAUGUUUAGAAUUGCAGCCUUCAGGGACAUCCAUCUUUACUCCUGAGUGCUCCCAUCUAACAUCUCCCCAACACUAGGCUCCCUUCUUCCUACAAUGGCUUUCUGGUGACUGGCCUGGCCUGGCCUGAGGGCACUUAAAGCCAUUUUGCCAGAAGCAAGUAGGCUAGAUGAAAUGUUCCCUACCCCAGGCUCCAUCUUUAGGUAAAAUUUCUAUCUUAAUUUCCAAUCAGAGAAAUGUUUGUGUCUGAAUUGUAUGCUCCAAGCAACUGUGGUUGAUGCUUAAUGACAUCACUCGGACCCGCCCCAUGACAUCACUAGGGCCCACGCCCGAAAUCUCAGGGUUUGGGAUGCUUCUGACCCGGCAACCCUAGACCAGACCUAAACUGAAGUUAAACUCUAUUCACUGUCGUGGCUUUUCCCAAUACAGCUUAUGAAUAGUGUUUUUUUGAAGAUGCUGAAUGUUUAAACAACAGUAAUUUCUCAUCCUUCACUUCCUCAUUACCACAAUUCCCUUUUGAGAGAAGCCAUAAUGAAUUAGGCCUGUUUUUUUAAACAGCAACUUUGGUUCCGUCAUGAAGCCAUGUACCCCCUCAAGCCUCAGAAACAAAAGCCAGACUGUUGACUUAGUCUCAGGCUGUGUAAAGAAGUCCAGAAAGUGAGGCAAGGCUGAGGCCUGCCUCCGUGGAAGGUGGCGAACUUUGACCGUCGCCAUUUGUCGCAAAAGUCAACAAGGCUUGUUGAGGGAGUAGGAGUUGCUUCAAAGUGUUGAAUGUUCUGGAUGUGCCCAACUGCUUAAAAACAAACUUCCCAGUCAGGUCACAUUGGUGAGGCUGCCUGUCUACUUUCACCAAGCUGCAGAAACAGCAAAGUCUCCUGUCCGAUGAUCACAUCCUGUGCCAGUUCUUCACGCUGGUGACCACUUCCCGUUGACCACUUCCCGUGGAUUUUAAUAUGGCAAAUAGGUUUGUUUCCCACCCACCCCUUGGGUUGUCUUAAAACCUCAGGUUCUUGUGUGGUACGAGCCCUUGCAAGCCAGUUCUGGAAAUGGCAGGCCGUGAGCAGCAAUUAUGGAGGUGGAAUUUGCAGUUUUGCUCAGCCUAGGAGAGAAUGGGCAACCCUUCAGGAUGGAGAAGGAAUAAGUAGGUCUGAGUCCGCCCACCCUCUUUUUGACGUUACUGCCUUUUCCUGAGCUAUCAACUGGCAAAAAUGGGAAGGCCCUCGUCCUCUUUUCUCAUGGUGCUGUCUUAGUUUGGCGCCCAACUGUAACCUUUGUAUAAAUAAAUAUGGUGUCUUUUGAUGUCUGUGCUAAGUGUUUAAA